AUGUCGAACAAACCAGCAAACCUCAGAGCGGCCGACGAGACCAGCCCGCUCAUCAACGGCGGUGCCUCGUCGGCUCUCCAUGAUACUCUUGGCCAUCGUAAUGGAAAUGGUCAUAUCAGCCUUAGUCGAGACUCGAGUACCAUGACGUUUCUCUUCGACUCGAAGCACACACCCGGUAUCGAUAAUCAAAAUAUUGCUGUCAGAAGCUUGGCUUAUUCGUGGCACAUCGCCAAGGUCACUCUUCUUAGCAACUAUGUCAACUUUCUCUUAGUUAUGGUGCCUCUCGGCAUUGUCGCUGGCAAGAUGGGCUGGAACUCCACUGCUGUAUUUACCAUCAACUUCUUCGCCAUUAUCCCGCUUGCCGCUGUCCUUUCGUUUGCGACCGAAGAAUUCUCCCUGAAGCUCGGUGACACCCUAGGUGGCCUGUUGAACGCUACCUUCGGAAACGCCGUCGAAUUGAUCGUCAGCAUUGUUGCUCUCCAGCGAAACGAAAUCGAGCUUGUUCAGGCCUCGAUGCUUGGUAGCAUUCUUUCUAACUUGCUGCUUGUCAUGGGAAUGUGUUUCUUGUUCGGUGGCAUUAUUCACCGAGGCGAGUCUGGCAACGGAAGAGAACAGGUAUUCUCUUCAGCUACCGCCCAAACGACCUGCUCUCUUAUGACUUUGUCUUCAGCCUCUCUCGUCAUCCCUGCUGCUCUGUAUGCCGUUCUUGACCAGAGUGGCUCUAAAGAAAAGGCUCAGAGCAUCCUUACCUUGUCCCGUGGUACUGCUAUUAUCUUGCUUCUGCUCUACGUUCUCUAUCUUGUUUUCCAGCUCCGAACACACAGCAACCUAUUUGAUGCCGAGAACCAACCGGAUGAUGAGGAUGCCGAGCAGGAACAUGAGGAGCCCACCAUCGGUCCCGUCGCCGCUGUCGCUGUUUUGAUUGUCACGACUCUUUUAGUCACCGUUUGCGCCGAUUACCUCGUUGACAGCAUCGAUGACCUUGUCACUACCUCAGGAAUCAGCCGUGCGUUCAUUGGUUUGAUCCUGAUCCCCAUUGUCGGAAACGCCGCAGAGCACGUCACCGCUGUUGUAGUUGCCGUUCGUGAUAAGAUGGAUCUUGCUAUGGGCGUUGCCAUCGGUUCAUCUAUCCAGAUCGCUCUUCUGGUCACCCCCUUCCUUGUCAUUGUUGGCUGGAUCAUUGGAUCCGAGAUGACUCUACACUUUGAAACCUUUCAAACUGUUGCAUUUGCCGUCUCUGUCCUGGUCGUGACCUAUACGGUCCAGGAUGGCAAGUCCAACUACCUCGAGGGUGCUAUGCUUAUGGGUCUCUACAUUAUUAUUGCUUUGGCUUUCUACGCCACCCCUUCUGAUGUGAUGGACCCUGGCAACUAA